AUGGCAGCAGCAUCGGCAACAACAGCAGCAGCAACCGAAGGACCCAAGAUUGUGUGGAACGAGAACCAACGCAGGUUUGAAACCGAAGACAGGGAAGCAUACAUAGAGUAUGUCCUUGUAAAUGAUGGUAAAGUGAUGGAAAUAUUGCAUACCUAUGUGCCACGUUCCAAAAGGGGUUUGGGCAUGGCUUCUCACCUCUGUGUUGCAGCGUUCAGUCAUGCCAAGUCCCACUCCAUGUCGAUCAUCCCCACUUGCUCUUAUGUCUCUGACACUUUUCUUCCACGGAACCCAUCAUGGAAUCCUCUUGUGUACUCUGAAGCUCUCAAAUCUACCAUAAGUUCCAUGAUCAAAGUUAAACAAUUUGUCACUGUUUUGCAACUUGUGGUGUUGUAUCAACUUGUGAUCAUCGUUGAUGCUCGUUCAAGGUAA